GUGCGCGGGGCCCGGGCGGGAGAGGUCAGAGAGGGCCGGGAGCGGGAACGGGGAUCGGAACGGGAGCGGGAUCGGAGAUGGGAAUGGGAACGGGGAUUGGAUCGAGGACGGGAAUGGGAGCGGGAAUGGGAACGGGAACGGGAAUAGGGACGGGAUCGGGAUUAGAAUCAGGAUCGGGAAUGGGAACGGGACCACGGAUGAGAACGGGAUUGGGGACGAGAGCGCGAACGGGAUCGGGGAUCGGGAAUGGGAGCGGGACCAGGAACGGGAUUGGGGAUGGGAACGGGACCGGGGAUGGGAACGAGAUCGGGAUCGGGGAUGGGACCGGGACCGGGACCGAGAUCGGGAAUGGGAACGGGAUCGGGGAUGGGAGCGGGAUCGAUGAUGGGAUCGGGGUUGGGACCGGGACCGGCGUUGGGAUCGGGACUGUGGGAACACUGAUGGGGCUGGAGAAACGGGCCCGGGGAACCACCGGGGGGAACCGGAACCGGAACCCAGGUGGGAGGCCGGGAACGGGGCCGGGCUGGAGAGCAUGGGCCGGGGUGAGACCGGCACCGGCACCGGGGGGAGCUCCGGCACGGCGGGACAGUGUCCCGGUGCGGGCCGCCCCAACGCUCGGUCCCGCGCAGAGUCCCGGGAUGCGGCGCUGAGCCCUGCCCGGUGCCGGUGAGCCGUGCCCGGUGCCGCCGAGCCGUGCCGGGCACCGAGCCGUGCCCAUGGCCGCGCACCUGGUUCGCCGCUGCUGCCGGCGGCUGCUGCUGCCGGCGCUGCCGGGGCCCGGCGCGGGGCCCGCCCUGCGCACCGGGCCGGCCCGGGCCGCCGAGGAGCCGCGGGCGCGGGCCCGGCCCGAGGGCGAGGAGCAGCAGCUGCGGGAGCUGAUCCGGGCGGCGGGCAGCGCGCAGGAGCUGCUGCAGCUGGGCCGCGGCUCCGCGCUCAACAGCAACCUGGCGGCGCUGGCGCUGGCACGGCUGGCACGGCUGAGCACCGAGCAGCGCCUGGACACCGAGAGCCUGCGCGGGGACCCGCGCUUCCAGCACCUCCUGGGGACGCUCGAUGCACAGAUCUCCCAGGUGUGGAACUCGUCGCUGCUGCAGCUGCUGCGGGUGCUGCCGUUGCUGGGGCUGGCGCGGGGCGGGCACCAGGUGCGCUCGGUGGAGCAGGAGGUGCUGUGGCGGCUGCGGCGCCUGCCCCUGCGCCAGCUGGUGCAGCUGGCAGAGCACCUGGCGGGGCAGGGCGCCCCGGGGCCGCUGCUGCCCGAGGUGCUGCGCAAGCUGGAGCUGCGCUGGACCGAGCUCGAGGGCACGCGCACCGUGGUGACGCUCAUGGCCAAGGUGGGACACCUGUCCCCCGCCCUCAUGGAGCGCCUGGAGGACAAGGCCCUGGAGCUGGCAGAGCAGUUUGACCCCGACGAGCUGCGCCGCGUGGCGCUGGCCCUGGCGCUGCAGCAGCGCCGCUGCGUGCCCCUGCUGCGGGCCCUGAGCUACCACCUGCUGCAGAAACCUGCUGAGCUGCCCCUGCCCGUGCUCACCGACCUGCUCUUCGCCUUCAGCAAGCUGAGUUUCCAGCAGCCGCAGGUGCUGCACCGCCUGGCCCUGGAGCUGCAGCCCCACCUGGGCAGCCUGAGCCCGGCGCAGGUGCUGCGCUGUGCCCGCUCCUUCGGCAGCCUGCGCUGGCUCAGCCGGCCCCUGGCCGAGGCCAUGGCCCAGUACUGCCUGGAUAACUCUCAGAGCCUGACCAUCACCCAGCUCUGCGGGAUCCUCGUCUCCUUCGCCCGCCUCAACUUCCAGCCCAGCUCCAGCGAGGAGUUCUUCUCCAUGAUCCACGAGCGGCUGCAGGGCCAGGAGCAGCAGCUGGACGUGCACCUGCUGGCAGACGUGGUGUGGUCCCUGUGUGUGCUGCAGCAGCCCCGGGCAGCCCACCUGAGCCAGGUGCUGUGCCCCGAGUUCCAGGCACGGCUGAGAGGUGACAGCUCCCCACGGGCACAGAGCUCGUGGCUGAAGCUGCUGCACAUCAACGCCACGGCCAGGCUGGAGGUGCCAGGCUACGAGGGGCCCUUCCUGCCCCCCGAGCUGCUGGGGGGGCACGGGGACAGGGACAAGGACAAGGCCACCCCACUGCAGCGGUGGCUGCGGGAGGCACUGCCGGGGGCACUGGGGGGCCCCGACCUCGUCCGGUACAACGUGAGCACCGUGUACGGCUGGGACAUCGAUGCCGAGGCGGUGCUGGACAGUGACAACAAACCUCUGCCCGUGAGGGACUACAGUGCCCCCCACCUGUCCCACUCUGAGGGGACAAAGCCACUGCCACCGGGGGCCAGGAGGGUGGCCGUGCUGCGCUGGGAGCUGCCGCAGUUCAGCUCUCGGGGCCGGGAGCUGCUGGGCCGGGGCUCCAUGGCCCGAAGGCACCUCCGAGCUGCCGGCUUCCUGCUGGCCGAGGUGCCACACUACGAGUUCCUGGAGCUGAAGCUGGAGCGGCAGCGCGUGGCCUACCUGAAGGACAAGGUGGCCAAGGCCCUGGCCAGUGACACGGCAGGGGACACGGCAGGGGACACGGCCACCUAGCCCACCUCGCCUCAUCGGGUGGCCCUGUCCCUGUGCCAAUGUGAGCAGGUCACCGUGCCCAGGUGGCCCCGUGCCUGAGCCCAGGUGGCCACGUCACCACAGCGAGGUGGCCACGUCACCAGGUCACCGUGCCCAAGUGGGACCCCACAGUGAGGUCCCCAUGUCACUGUGUGACUGCUGCUCCGUGUCACCAACGGCUCAAAUAAACACAGAACUGUACAGGGA